AAAAUUGUUGAUAUAACGACCAAAUGCAUUCAGCCAAUCAGCGCCCACCAAUAACUAUCCGUUAGCCAAUCACAAAAUAGUUUAUCAAAUUCGAAUGACCAGAAAAGAUAGAGCACGAAGUAAACACACGCACACACGAAAACGAAUGAGAAAAAACUGCAGACUCUUAUAUACGAAUCCUUAAUUUACAAUGGCUGGAACAAGAAUAGGCACGAAUUACUUAGGAAGUCGUAUGAAUAGUGAAAAUGAUGGAAUCCUAGGGGCUAAAAAGAUGACAACCAGGGCCUCCCAAAGAGCUGCCCUUGCCAGCAUUGGCAACAAAGUCUCACUCGCACCUGCAGAGGGCAAAAAGGGAAUGAAGAAGGAAGUAGUGAAGCCAAAUAAAGUAUUGACCAAGAGUAAUGCCACCACAUCUCUUCAAACUGCACUUGUUCACAAGGAAAAAGUACAGGAGAAGGUCUAUAGUCCAAUGGAAGUUAGCAAGUCUAAUGCAUAUUCCAAAUGCCGUCUGAACUUUGAAGAUAUUGACAAAAAUGAUGGAGAUAACCCACAGUUGGUCAGUGAAUAUGUGAACGACAUCUACGGCUACAUGAGGCACCUUGAAGUAGAGUAUGCAGUAAAGCCAAGCUACCUAGAUGGCCAAGAGGUGAAUCCAAGGAUGAGAAGUAUUUUGGUUGACUGGCUGGUACAGGUCCAUCUUCGCUUCCACCUUUUACAAGAGACCCUCUAUCUCACAGUUGCCAUCAUUGACAGAUUUUUACAGGUUCAUGAAGUUUCAAGGAAUAAGUUGCAGUUAGUUGGAGUAACAUCCAUGCUGGUUGCAUCAAAAUAUGAGGAAAUGUACGCUCCAGAAAUUGCAGACUUCGUUUAUAUCACAGACAAUGCUUACUCAAAAUCGGACAUUCGCAAAAUGGAAAUAUUGAUCCUUAAAACUUUGGAGUUCAAUCUUGGCAAACCUUUACCACUACAUUUCCUCAGGAGAAACUCUAAAGCUGGACAGGUUGACCCGACCAAACAUACCCUGGCCAAGUACCUAAUGGAGCUAACAAUCACAGAUUACGAAAGUGUGCAAUAUACCCCAUCACAGAUAGCAGCUGGUGCUCUUUGUCUUUCCAUAAGAACACUGGAUGGAGAUGGUGACUGGUCUGACACUCUGCAUCACUACAGUAACUACUCUGAAGAGAAUCUGAUGCCAGUGAUGAGGAGGAUGGCCACACUUAUCAUGAAGUCAGAAAACAGCAAACUACAGGCUAUCAGAACUAAAUAUUCAACAUCAAAGUUCAACAAGAUUAGCUCCAUUCCACAGCUGAAGUCCUCUGUAAUUACUGAUCUUGUGAAGGAAUCUUAGUCUGCCUUGGUCACACCGCUGGAUAAUACACUUUAGUCAACUUUUGGACCUUGCACGAGGAACUUAUUAGAUUGAAUAUUUAUAAACUGACAUUCCGAGUGAAUAAUAGCAUUUGGUGGGGCCAUGUGUAUUAGACAGUGACUCUAUGAUUAAGUGUAUAGUGUCUUGAAUGAAUGUGAAAUGUGACAGACGCCAGAAAUCCUAGCUGACUGGCAUAUAUAAAUUGGAACAUUGAUAAUAUUGGUGUCUGAUGAUAUUAAAAGCGUUCAAAAAUAGUUUAUGAUUCUGGGAGUAUAUUUUGUUGAAUACGCAUUUUUGAUUUUUCCUAGCUUAAAUAAUGCAAUAGUUUUAGAGUGGCACCAUUUAUGCUCUCUAAAAGAAGACUGCAACACACACAUUUUCUAGUUUGAGCGCUUUUUACGUCUAUGUACGUUUGAAAUUUCAUACAUAUUUAUUUCCAUAUCUAUUACUUCAUUUCUAACAGUGGGUAGAGAGAGCACAUUCGUAUUAACUUAAUCAUGGCUUGUCAUAAUAAUAAUCAUCAAUCCAUAAAAUCUGGUGAUUUUCUCCGCAAGAUCACUGCUUGGAAAAAAGCGGUACAUCAUGAAAGUAGUUCAGUCACUUGCCUUGUAAUUAGCAAUGAUAUGUGUUGUGUUAUGAUGGACACAUGAUCCUAGAUCAAUUUGAAUAGGGAUCUGGUACAACCAGUGAUUUUAGUUCUCAUUGUAAGUUUUAUAUUUGAUUGCAGGAAUUGUGUAGUUUUGUCGAUUGUAAGAAUUUAAUGUAGAUUUUCGGCCAGAUAUUUUCAGAGAUCUAUCGGACCACAUCUGGCAAAAUGAAUAAUGUUAUUCUUCAAACAUCAGAAAUUUAGUACAAAAUAAGUUAUCAAAAUAUUCCGAAAUUUUACAAUUGACAAAAGUGCACAAUUUCAAUGACAUUUUUAGAAGCAUGAAUGAAUAUUUUAUGAAAUUCAGAUACUGUAAAGUUGUGUUUGACAUAUGUAAUAAAUUUUAUACAAUAUUACAUACUCAAUUCUGUUUUCAUAGAUUCAGUUCAUCUAACGUAGACAAUUUAGAUUUGUAGUGUGUUUUAGACUAGAAUUUAGAAAAUAUAUCUGCAUAUUUUAUGCCUGAACUUAGAUUAUAUUGAUCACUGUUUUAUUGUUGAAUAUUUAAAGAAUCUUAAUUUGAAAAGUUGUGAAGAAAUGCCAAAAUUAUUCUGUCCGCUCCAAAAAUGCGAGUAAGGGACUAUCCCAUAUUGGAAUUAAUAUUCAAAGAGUCCUCAACUUAAAAAAUAUAGAAAAUUGUAAUGUCUGAAAAAUCGAAUCUGUCCAGCAUAUUAUUAAACCUCGAUGUCUUGCCCUUUGGAGAGCCCAAAAAAGUAAUUUGUAUCCCGUUUAAU